AUGAUCAAAGUUUGUGGUCAUGUCAGUGAAAUAGCGCUGUGUUUAUUUCAUUCGCACACACCAAUAUCAAGUAUUGCUCAACAUUUCUUCGAUGAACUAUCAUUACGACAACGUGGCAUGGCACUAUUCAAUAUUUUGCCUGAUAUCAUAUCUCGUUUAUCAAUGAACACCAUAUGUUCCAAGGAUAUUAAACGACUGUGUAGACAAUUCAACCAAGCAUGUGGUGAUGAUCGUAAACGAGGAAAUAUCGCUUUUUGUCUGAGUAAAUGGAAUAUCAAAACAUUGGCAUCGUAUCGUAUACUGAAAGAGAACUUCCCAAUGUUACCGAAACGAAUGGACAGACUGAAGAUGAUUAUGAUGAAGAAUAAAAUUGUGUUGUUCUGA